AUGAAUAAACUGAACCUGACGAAAGCCUUCGGCACGGUGAACCGUGAAGGACUGUGGAAGGACAUGCAGAAAUUCGUCUGUCCGGAGCGAUUCAUUCAGGUGAUGCGUCAGCUGCACGACGGUAUAAUGGCGCCAGUCACAGACAACGGAGCUGUCUCAGAGGCAUUCGCAGUGUUCAACGAAGUGAAGCAGGGAUGCGUGCUGGCGCCCACACUCUUCAGUAUUAUUUUUUAUGCUAUGCUGACGGACGCCUAUCGCGACGAACGCCCCAGGAUCCGCAUUGCCUACAGGACUGUAGGUCACCUUCUUAAGCAACGUCGGAUGCACUUCAAAUCACGCGUAUCCACAACCACCGCUCACGAACUUCGCUUCGCCGACGACUGCGCCCUGAACACCACCUCGGAAGAGGAAAUGCAACGCAGCAUGGAACUGUUCUCCGCCGCCUGCGAGAACUUCGGUAUGGUCAUCAACACGCAGCCACUCCUCCCAAGAGGCCGCAAAUCAGUGUAA